GCUCAACAUCAGUAAUCCGCAAUAUCCUCAUGCCGGCGCUCCUGUGCCAGCCAAGCGAGUCUCCCCUGGUCGCAGAUCUAUCACUAGCCAAGCAGCCAGCCGCAUAGUAACAACCUACCUUUAGACCAUGGGCAUCACCUUCGACAACCUGGACCAGGACGCUGGCCUGAAGAAGCUUAACGGCUUCCUGACGAACCGCAGCUACAUUGAGGGCUACAAGUUCAGCUCGGCCGAUGCCGAUCUGUUCCACAAGUUCUCGGCCGUGCCCGAUGCUGCCAAGUUCGCCAACGUGUACCGCUGGUACGUGCACAUUGCCGCUAAGCUUGGCCUGCGCGCCAUCCUGGUGACCAAGAAGGCCGCUGCUGCCCCCAAGGCUGCUGCCGCCCCUAAGAAGGCCGCCAAGGAGGAGGAGGACGAGGAAGACGAUGACGACGACCUGUUCGGCGAUGACGACGACGAGGAGGACGACGAGGCCGCCAAGGCUCUGGCUGCUAAGCGCGCUGAGGCCGCUAAGGCCGCCAAGAAGGAGAAGAAGAAACCCGUGGAGCGCUCGCAGGUUGUGAUCGAGGUGAAGCCCUGGGAGGCCGAGACGGACCUCGAGGAGCUGGCUGCUAAGAUCAAGGCUCUCCCCGUGGAGGGUCUGACGUGGGGUGAGGGCCACAAGCUGGUGCCGGUUGCUUUCGGCAUCAAGAAGCUGCUUGUGCAGUGCGUCAUCAUCGACGACCUGGUGCUGCUUGACGACAUCACGGAUGCCAUUGAGGGCUUCGAGGACUACGUGCAGUCGGUGGACGUUGCCUCCAUGAACAAGCUGUAAGCGGACAGACCAGAUCUUUUUAGGUAGGUUGUCUCUUCCAGGUACUAGCCGAGUUUCAAAGCUUGCCACAGCUGUGCUUUCUUAGCUGCUUGUGGCUGAGCUUCUUGUGCUACGAGUAGAAAUUAACACAACAAAAACAGCAGAAAAACAAGAUAUGCAACGAGCUUCUCCUUCGGCGCAGCGACGCUUGCUCGCUCUUGUGCUGUCUGCGCUGUGAUGGCUUCGGUUAAGUGUCUGCGUGAGAAAUCUUUAAUCGGUUGUGGACGGUUUAGUAUUGUGAACAAUUAGACUGUGACAAGUGCUGUAGGAUAUCCAAAGCUGAUUGCAAAGCAG